AUGGCUCUUUCGCUGUUUCUGCUAUACUUCUUGCUCUGUGCUACUGAAGUCUUGAGCUUGGGCAAUGUUAUCGUACGUGACUUAGAGCCUGAUGACACAAUGCUGUCCGAGCGACGAUUGAGAGCAGCUAAACGAAGCCAUGAGCUUGGCGCUCGCGAUGUCAAAGGCUUUCUCCAAUAUGACCACAACUUGCACUACUUGGACGCUGAAACUCAUGGGUCGACCUCUCAAUUCGCGGCCAAACUGGGCAUGCAAUUUAAAAUUCCAGCUCUCAUGCUCGAGGACGUUGAGCAUCAUAUCGAAAGUAUCGGCUGCUACUCCUCUGAAAUACACUUGUAUAUCAAAUCGGCGGAGGUCUUAAAGCGCACCCACAAUGAAUUCACGGGCGUCGACCACUUUCUUCUUGUUACUUCGCACGAAGGCUGUAAUGAGGAUGGAGAGCGAAACCCGCACAUUACAACGGAAAUGGCUAAGGAGGAUCAUAGGGUAUCUGAAGCUGCACUGGAUCUUGAUAAUCACGUCAUCGUUCUCUCCGUCACUAGGGUACCCUGGAAGAGCACUUUCAAAUCGAUGACGCUCGACUUCGGUAAAAGUGACGACGAAUUUGUGCUCCGUCGACAUGGCAGAUUAGAACCUCGACAGGCAGCUGCAACAUCAUCUGUGGCGGCGACAUCGUCGGUGGCGUAUCCCGCAGCACCCUCGUCCACGCCCAACAAUUGGAAUGCAAGUGCGAGCUUCAACAAACAGUGGCUUGAUACAUCUAUUUUGCCUCCGGAUCCAUCUUUGGGGAAGCUCUCUGUCAGCGGCCCUGAAAUACCGCCCGUUGGCUUUAAUGUAAAGUGCAAAAACUGCACCAUCCAAGGGAAUAUCGAUCUCGUCGCUGGAUCUCUGACCGUGGGAGGAAUGAAUCACGCGAGCCCUAAUACAACCCAGGGCAUCGUGAACCUUACCGAGAGUGUCAUAGACUAUGUCGAACACGGCUAUGUACAGUUCACAUCGAACAAUUUCGGUGCUUACAUUGAGCUCGAGAGCACCGUCAGCACUUCCGCGACACUCUACAACUACACGGCGCCUUUACCAACAAUUCCAUUGACGCCCUUCCAGGUCAGAGCUUCUCGUCUCAACAAAGUUACGCCGAUCCCGGGUAUCGCAUCCGUGGGACCUGAGCUUGUGCCUUUGGUUUUCGUGGGGUUCAAACUUGAAGCUAGCAUCGAUUUCUUCUACGGCUUCGAAGUACAAACGCCUCUAACCCCCCAACCCAGCUCCAACACCAAGGUAACCGCCCUCCCCUUCCAAGCCGCCCUCCCCAACCUCGCCCUAACAGCCGUCGGCGGCUUCCAACCCCAACUCCUCCUCGGCAUCUCCUUCUUCAGCGGCAAAGGCACCGCCGGCGCCGGCCUAUUCCUCGACGCCCCCCUCCUCACCAGCACCCUCUCGACCGUCAGCCACGUGAGCUCGACGUGCGAAAACGUCACCGGCAACGCCGUCGCCAACGGCAUCAUCAACGACAUCUUCGACACCCUGACCCACGUCGACGCGAGCGUGGACGUCGGACUGGGUCUCACGGCGCAGGCGGAAGUCGACGUGGGGGACUACUCGUUCAGGGAUAACAAGCCGUUCAGUUUGCUCGAGACGUCGUAUGCGUUGCCGACGGCGUGUAUGAGUUUUGACGCGGGGGCGAAGAGCUACGGUCCCGCCAGCGCUACGACGUCUGCUACCGGGAGCGCGAGUGCGACCAAGGGCCAUAACGGGGGCAAAAGCGGAGCAGUUGCGGGCGCCAUUAAUCCGUUUGGAGCACAAGGCGCUGGGUGGAGAGGCUUGAUGGCGGUUUCUGGACUUAUGGUUGUUGGGUCUGUUUGUUUCAUCAUUUUAUAA